AUGUCCGGUCCCGCGAAGGAGGCUAUUCAAGCGCUUUACUCUAAUACAUUACGCACGGCCCAAUCCUUCUCUUCUUAUAAUUUUCGAAAAUACUUUGUUCAACGUACCUAUGACAAGUUUCGCGCGGUGGAGACAGAACAAGAUCCCACAAAGUUGAACAGUUUUGCGGAAGAGAUGAAAAAUGAACUAGAAGUUCUGAAGCGGGCAGCUGUGAUCAACCAGAUGUAUGGUGGGAGGAAGCUAGUCGUAGAAAACAAUGAAGAGAUGCCUACACCAGAAAAACCACUACAAAGAAGUCCUAUAAACGCAUCCAAGAAGAGCGGUUCGGGUGAACUGAGGCGUACAGUGUUGGUGCACCAAUUGAUGACAUCGGGGUG